GUUUGUCUCUUUGACAGAAGAUCUGGGGAUACCAAGGAACUGGGUUCAUCUGAGAGCUUGGACCAUCUUCCAAUAAAAACGCUUUUGUCUUUGCAUCAUAAACUUGUGAAAAAAGCAAAACGCUUAUCUUCCAAAGGAACACACGUCUCCAAAUCCAAAACUUACUCGCAAAAAACACAGGCUUUGAAGUCGGUUGUAUCGGUAAAAGAGCCGUUGAAACAAUUAGUUUCCUUGAGGUUCAGAAGUCUGGAAACAAGCCCUGAUUUUGGCCUCUCAAAUCAAAGAAGUGGACCUAUAGUUUUCAGAAAAGAUCAAGAUUGUGAAGCUGCUGUUAAAGAAAAGACUAGAGUCAAAGGGAUAAGGAGGAUUAUUAUUCCUGAAUCAAAUGAAGAAAAGAAAACGAUCACCAAAAUAAAGCUCGAUUCUUCCAAAACAUUUGCAAGUAAACCGCUGGAUAAAACUGCUGAAUGUGCCGGAGUAGCUAAACAAAUAAAAGUUGAAGAUUCUUUGGGAAAUAAACAACAAACUUCAAAUGCUUCACAGCUUCAACUGGUUGGUAAAAUGGUGACCGCACCAAAUCCACUUCAUGCUCAGGAGACAAUCAUCAAAACUCAAGAAACCUCAAGCAAAACUUUGCCAAUAGUCCAACAAAAAAUGGAUCCAGAAUCAAAGAAGUCCAAAAGCCUUGGAAAGAGUCCUGAUUCAGGUGACACAAGAGACAACCCAGGAGCUAAUGUUUUCAAAAAAGGCAGAGAGACUCGAGUUGCAGUGAAAGACACAAGCAAGGUUGGAAAAAUAUUAAAGAAGACUGUUGCUGAAUCAAAGAAAAUGGUCACAAAAGUAAAAGUUAAGGCUUCAAAAACCUCUUCAGAUACACUUCUAUGUAAAACUACUAAAUGUUCUGGAGUCGCUAAGCUAACAAAAGCUGAAGAUUCUCUCAGAGAUGAACGGAAAACUUCAAAUGUUUCGCAUCCAGAACUGAAAAAGACUAAGCCGCUGAUUGGUAAAGUGGUGACCAGAACACAUCCACUUCAGGCUCAGGAGACGAUCUUCAAAACUCAAGAAACCUCAGACAAAACUUUGCCAAAAGUCCAACUAAGAAUGGAUCCAGAUUCCAAGAAGUCCAAAAGCCUCGGAAAGAAACAUGAUUCAGGAGACAGAAGAAACAAACCAGCAACUAAAGUUUUUAAAAAAGGCAAAGACUCUCAAGUUGCAGUUAAAGACAGAACCAAGAUUGGAAAAAUGCUAAAGAAGACUGUUGCUAAAGGAAUAAAAGGGAAGAAAAUGGUUGCAAAAGUGAAGGUCAAGGCUCCAAAUAUAUCUACAAAUAAAAAUCUGGAUGAAACCACUAGAUGUCUCUCAGGAGGUAAAGUGGGAAAACUUUCAGGAACGGCCUUUGGAAACUUUAGUAAAUGUGAUCAAGCAAACGUCAACGUAUCUGAACCCUCCCUUUCAGUGUCAGUCAUUACAUCCACAAUACCAAUGGUGGAAAACAGUCCAGGUGAUUGUCAGAUUUCAAAACCUGAGAUUUCUAAAGCAAAGACCUUACAAUUUAACACCAAUAAAAGUCAGUUACAAAUCAGCAAAGAAGAAGAAGAAACUUCAUCUGAGGACAUAAACGUGUCAUCCAAGCGGACGAUGUCAGAAGAUAUCUCUGCGGUUUGUCAAACUCCAAAAACAGACAAUUCUGACAAAUCUGCCUUCAUCUUAAAAGACACUGCUUGCCUUGUGAAGGCAAAUGUUUCAACAACUGAAAUAAGCAAACAAACAGACGUUAUUACAGAUGAUAAUGCGAUGAAAAGAAAAAAUUAUUUUCUGGAGACCAAAGAAGAUGAAGUGACCGCUAGAAAUGCCUCCCCAGCUAAACCUGAACAUCCUCAACCAGGCAGUGAAGUUAUCACCACUCCAGAUAAACCUGCUGAUCCAAAGCUGAGUCAACAGACAACAAUAACAACUCAAGAAACUGCAGACCUGGCAGCGCCAAACCUGAAGACCAAUGGCAAACAGCUGGAGACUCAACCGCAGUCUGCAGGAAGCUCUGCUGAGGCGCCUUUGGAUGCAUCGCAAAAAACUGAAGGGGACGACAAAAAUAAUCAAAAAGUUGAUGUUCUGGCCCAGAAGAACCCGGCCGCCUGUUUUCCAAACGCAGCAGCUGCUGCUCCGAACCGCGUUGAGUCCUCUGUGACGGUUGGCGAGAGGAUUGGAUGUUACCUGAAGCUACACAAUUUCAAGUGUGUUCCUGCAGGAAUCAUCCUGUCGUCCAAACCUUAUGCUCUCAACUCAACACUACUGUGGAUAGCAAACCUUCCUGUGGAUUAUGGCGGCUCCUACACUGAGGAGGAAGUUGUAAACGUGCUCUGUAAAUUUGAAUUUCAAUACGCACACGACAACAUCUACAUUAUCCCUCAGACAGGCAUGGCUUUUGUGCUCAUGCCAAAUGUGCGGUCAGUGGUUGGCCUCGUCUACGCGGCAGUGCACGGCCAUCUCACUUUCAGAUCGAAGAAGCUCUUCUUCCAGAUCGUGGAAUCAAACAUGUUAAUGACACCACUUGGGUUUUAUAAAUCUCUCAUCGGAAUAACGCCUCUCAACAUGAGAGACGAUGGAACCAGUAUAAUCUACAUCCAGAACAUUUCACCAAGCGACAUCACGGAUCUCAGGAAAGCUUUGAGAAAAAUCGGUCAUGUGAGAAACUUCCUGCCUCUGCUUAACAAGGUUUUUGUUGAGUUCGAGACGGUUUACGAUGCAGAUCGCCUCGGCGUUUGGUGCAGCCUGAUGAGACUGGGUUUCGUCCACACAGUCAACAGGCUGAAAAUACCAAGAAGCCUCAAGAAAUCACAACGUAAAGCAUAA